CACCCCCCCACCACCACCGCCCCUUCGCGUUUUGUCGGAGGUUGCCGGAGGCCGCCGCUUCUCCCGUCCUCCCCCCGGAUCGCCGGAUGUCCUCGUCCACGUGACCGUGGACGUCUGAUGGUCGGCGUGGGAGGGGGGGGAGGAGGAGGAGGUGGAGGAGGUGGAGGAGGCGGAGGAGGAGGAGGAGGUGGAGCAGGAGGAGAAUGGCGUCCAAGGUCCUGAAGGAGAUUGUGAGCAAGAAGAAGCGGCGAUUCCAGGAGGAUGGCUUCGACCUGGACCUCACCUACAUUUACCCAAACAUCAUCGCCAUGGGCUUCCCUGCCGAGCGUCUCGAGGGAGUCUACAGGAACAACAUCGACGACGUCUUCAAGUUCCUGGAGAAAAAACACAAAGAUCAUUACAAGAUCUAUAACCUGUGUGCAGAGAGACAUUACGAUGCCUCAAAGUUUAUGAAGAGAGUGGCCGAGUUCCCCUUUGACGACCACAACCCGCCCAAGCUGGAGCUGAUCCGGCCCUUCUGCGAAGACCUCGACUCGUGGCUCAGCGGCUCCGAGCACAACGUCGCCGCCAUCCACUGCAAGGCCGGCAAGGGGCGCACGGGUGUCAUGAUCUGCUCCUACCUCCUGCACCGGCACAAGUUCAGCAGCGCGCGCGAGGCGCUGGACUACUACGGCCAGGCGCGCACACGCGACAAGAAGGGCGUGACAAUCCCGUCCCAGAGGCGCUACGUGUACUACUACAGCUACCUGGUGACGCACGCUCUCGAGUACCGCUCCACGCCCGUGCUGCUGCACAAGAUCACGUUCGAGACCAUCCCCAUGUUCAGCGGAGGGACCUGCAACCCACACCUGGUGGUGUACAAGGAGAAGAUGAAGCUGCUUUCAUUGUCGUGCGUGCGGAGGGAGGACCGCUGUUUGGUCUUCACGCUGCCCCGGGCGUUGCUCCUCUGCGAGGACGUCAAGAUGGAGUUCUUCAACAAGCAGAACAUGAUGAUGAAAAAGAUGUUCCACUUCUGGAUCAACACGUUCUUCAUCCAGGAGGGUCUCCCAUCCAGCGGCGGUGGGGGCUACAUCGGCGCUCCCGCGGGCCUCAACGGCGCCCCCCCUGACGGAGGGGCCGGGGCCGGGGCCGGGGGGGCCGGGGCCGGGGGAGCCGGGGGAGCCGCGGGGGCCGCGGCCGGAGCCGCGGCCGGCGGGGGAGCCCCCGGGGCGGCGGCCGGCGGAGGAGCCCCCGGGGCGGGGGCGGCGCUCCCCGGGACGUCCGGCGGCGGCGGCGGCGGCGGCGGCGGCGGCGGCGGCGCCGGCGGCGCCCCGGCCUGUGUGCAGCUGGAGGCCGGGCCCGGAGGGUCGCCGCGCUUCCUGACGCUCACCCUCAACAAGGCGGAGCUGGACAGGGCGAACAAGGACAAAGCCAACAAGUGCUUCUCUCCCAACUUCAAGGUGAAGCUCUACUUCACCGCGGCCAGUGAGGAGCGAGUGGCCGACGCGGCCGCCGCCGACACCGCCGCAGCGGCGGCGGCGGCGGCGGCGGCGGCGGCGGCGGCCCAGUACUCGGCCUCCUCCUCCUCCUCCUCCUCCUGGUCCUCCACCUCCUCGCUCGUCCACAGCCCGGGCCCCGCGCAGCCUCCCCAGGGCGGCCUCGCCCCCUACUGCCUCGGCGAGCUCGGCGGCGGCGGAGGCGGCGGCGGCGGCGGCCGCGCCGCCGCCUCCGGGGCAAGGGCCCCCUGCGGACACUUCGACGGCGGCGGCGGCGAGCGGCCGUCCUCGGCGCUGGGGGGGUUCGCCCCCUGCGGACUCGUAGACGGCGGCGGCGGCGGCGGCGGCGCGGCGGGGACGACGGCGUGGAUGGUGGGCGGUGGCGGACACCACCACCACCACCACCACCAUCAGCAUCAUCAGCAUCAGCAGCAGCACCUCCACCUCCUACACCACCACCAGCAGCAGCAGCAGCAGCAUCACGGUGGCGGCUCCGCGGUUGGGCCGGGCGGCCGACCGCCGGCCCUGAUUCCCGGCGGCGACUGCUACGGCCUUGCCGUCGGCGGCGUCGGCGGCGUCGGCGGCGGCGGCAUCGGCGGCGUCGGCGCGGCGCUCUGUCCGGCGGAGCUGCCGGACGCGGACGCCGAGGACUUCCACUACUCGGACACGUCCGAGUCUGACCCGGAGAUGGACACCAUGGACCCGGAGCAGCAGCAGCAGCAGAUCACCAAGGUGUGACGGCGGAGAGAGACGGCACGCCUGGCAGGGGGGGUGGGUGGGUGGGA